UUUAUCGAUUUCACCGCCGUCACGCUCGUUUACAGAAGGGAUGACAUUUUCUAAAAUUUGUAUAAAUGGAUCUUUACGACGAUAUUGACACAAAGCCGCGAGCCAGCCAGAUUGAUGGCUGGUCGUCCGGCAUAAAAAUGUUGCAAACCCAGUUGGCGGUUAAGAAGGCCGUCAAAAAACCUCUCAUGACGCCAGUAGUCAAUCUAAGAUCCAAGCGCCCUGCGGAGUCAGAGGUGCAUUCUUGUGAUUCAAUGGCUGCGGUGAUGGCCAAGCCCAUAAUUGCGGGAAAGGCCCUACCGCCCAUGCCAGAAAGCGUUCUCAAGGACGACUGGGACUUUUCGGAUGAGUACGACCCGCAGUGGCCAAAUGAAUACGAAAAACUUAAAAAUAAGUCUAAAGGUGGUGAGAAGUCCCGAGCUAGCAUUGGUGGCAAUGGAUGCGCAAGCAGUCGAGACGAUAGCGACAGAGACAAGGAGCGGAAACGCGGACGCGUCGGUCGCCGUGAAGUCCAUAGAGAAGACUUCUCUCCGCAAUAUAUAAAGUUUAGCGGCCAACGACAAAACGAUGAUAACAGUUACAGUUCACCACGCCCUCUCUCUGUUGCUAAACAGGGAGGGGGUGCCGCCAUCGCUCCUCCUCCUUCACUCCAAGAAAUAUCCAUUGAUGGUGGAGAUGGAUACUCCCACGUUACCAUACCGUAUUCUGCAAGCUCGGUGGCCGCCAAAAUUAUGGCAAAAUACGGGUUUAGGAAUGGUCAGGGCCUGGGAAAGUCCGAGCAAGGUAUGUCAAUAGCCCUGCAGGUGGAAAAGACCUCCAAGCGGGGCGGCCGCAUUAUACACGAAAAAGACGUUUUUCAGCCGAACCCAUCAAUGUCUCCACCUGCGAUUGGAUCUCCAACUGGACAAAGUCCCAGCCACAAGGCUAUAACAAAUAACCAGAUGGCAGGAACAUUAACUGGCAGCAGCGUUAUCGAGCCCAGCAUCACAGAGAUUAUGAAAUCACCAAGCAAGGUUGUUCUCCUCCGCAAUAUGGUAGGACCUGGGGACGUUGAUGAAGAGUUGGAACCCGAGGUAAAGGAUGAGUGCAACACAAAGUACGGGGAAGUCAGCAGCGUCAUUAUUCACGAAACGUUUGGAACUGUGCCAGAAGACGCCGUUAAGAUAUUCGUCGAGUUUAAGCGCAUCGAAAGCGCUAUUAAAGCUGUGGUGGACCUAAAUGGCCGUUUUUUUGGUGGACGUCAAGUACGAGCGGGGUUUUACAAUUAUGAUAAGUUUAAAAGUUUUCAAUUAAAUUAAAUGAACAUUCGGUCUAGAUCCCAAACUGCGAUAUGCCCCACACAGAGUCCUUGAAGAUUUUACUUAGAGGGGGAUCAACCAGUUCAAUAAAGCUGGGUCGAGUAGAAUAUUUUUCAAAUUUGAGGACGGAAAUCGUUUGUCCCUAUAUGACCACCUUUGAAACCGUUUAGUUUUUUGACCACGUCCAGUUUUUAAAAUAUCUAAUAACGAAAAAGAUGAAUUUUUUUGUUCAAUCUUUUGACUUUAUAUUGCCAACUUUUAAAACAUUUUAAUUAUCCAACUACUUUUAAAAAUAUUUCUCUUUCGAUUUUCCCAAAUUUGAAAAAUCCAAAAGUUGCAUUUAAAAAUUUUUUUUGCGCAAUUUUUUGACUCUCUUUUGACAACUAUUGCUUACGCAUAACUACGGUACUAUUAAAAGUGGCUGUUAAAUUUUUUUAAUAUGCAUUUAAGCAGGUAGUGCGUAAAAUAUUGGAAAUAUUUCUAAGCCAAAUAGUUGGUUAGUGUUACCUGUCUGAAAGGGUUGACAAUUUUUAAUACUCUAUGAGGCCUGAAAUUUAAAGAAGUUACUAAGCUGGUAUGACUUAUUUUAAUAAUCAUAUUUUAACACUUUUUUCGGGCUUCUAACGUUAUCUGUUUUUUAAUCUAAAAAAUAAACUCUUAGGAUCGGCCUACGCGUGAUUCAUAGUGAUUCUCCUUGGCUUGUCUAUCCAUUUUCAUCAUGAGAUUCAUAUUUGGUAUUUUUAUAAUGAUCCUAUCAUAUCAAUAUCAAUAAUCAUUAUUUUUGAGUUUUAAAUUAAAAUAAAAAAUAAUAUUUAUUUCUGAUUUGUAUCUGUUUGAUCAGAUCAUAAGUUACACUUAUUCCCACCCCACCUGUGACAUUUUGUGACACUACCACAGACAUAGAUAAAUGAACAUAUACACUAAAUGGUUAGGUAAAAAGCACUUGCUUUACUGCCUAAAACAAAAAUAUCAUCUGCAAUGAUGCCGCAGGCCAAUAUAACCAUGCUUUCCUUUAUUAGGUCUAUUAAAUUUCCAAAAAUCGGCACUGGUUUCAAAAUGAGUUAUAUUCUGAUCAAAAAUUUAAAAAUCAGAAAUAUACAUUAUAUUUGUUAUUUUUUUUUGCUGAGUAAUAAAGGUUAUUUUUACUUAUUUAUAAAACUCAUAAAACAAUUUUUAUUACUUUGAGUUUUAUUUUUUUAUCAAAAAUAACGAUUAUAUUUUUAGUUUUAAAAUAAAACUCGUUGAGUUUUACAAUAAAAGAUUAUUCUUUCAGUUAUACUUUUCGUUUGAAGCAACCUUUAUUCUUUGAGUUUUACAAUAAAAGUUGAAAAAUGGCAGUUA